CAUCUAACGCCAAUUCACGUCUGCUUCAAGAUGGCGUCAAGUAUUUCAUAAUUAGGAGCAAUAUUGGAAACAAGUUUGCGGUCAUGAAAUGGCAAAUAGCUCUUGUAGUUCUUGUGCUUCUGUGUCACAUGUAUUUGCCAAAAGCAUGGGCACAGGACACUUCACAACCUCCGCAGACUGAUACAACUCAAGAAUCUAGUGUAAAUGAAGCAGAAGAAAGUAAAAGAAAGAAAACAGUGGAAAGUCAAAAAGAAAUUGAAAAUGAUGUUUCAGAUAGACAAACAGUCCCACAAGAAGAAAGCCAGAUUCCUGAACUGACACCGGAACAAAAGAAAGCUGAAGAAUUAUUUGUUCAAGGAGAGGCCUUAAUUAAUGCUACUUUUGUCAAGAAAUUUGAUGAGGCUCUGCUGCUCUUUGACCAGGCAGCUAAGCUAAACCACACAAAAGCGAAAGAGUAUGUUGCUUUUGCACACCUUUUUGGAGAUCAUUUGCCUCACAAUGUCUCCCGGGCCCGUGAAUUACUUGAGGAACUGGCAGCCAUAGGUUCACCCAGGGCUCAAAUGGGCUUGGCUUACAUGUACAGCUCUGGUAUCCAUUUCAAUUCAAGUCAGGCUAAAGCUUUAGUAUAUUUAACCUUUGGAGCUCUUGGUGGAGAUCCUCUGGCACAGAUGGCUUUGGGCUACCGUUACUAUGCAGGGGUUGGUGUAGAGAUGAAAUGUGAAUCAGCUCUUACCUACUACAGAAAAGUUAGCAAAACAGUGGCCGAUGGUGUGUCAGUAUCAGGAGGUGUUGCUGUGCAAAGGAUCAGGCUGCAGGAUGAGGCUGAGAGUCAGGGUACCAACAGUCCUCUUCUAGAUGAAGAUCUGCUACAGUACUACCACUUCCUAGCUGACAAGGGGGACACACAAGCUCAGAUAGUUCUGGGGCAGCUGUACUAUCAAGGAGGAAGAGGCGUGGCUGUUAACCAUGAGCAGGCACUCCAUUACUUCAUGACUGCUGCAGAGUCUGGAAAUCCUAAUGCUUAUGCAUAUCUGGGCAAGAUGUAUUCAGAGGGAAGUCCACAUGUACCACAGAACAACAUGACUGCUUUGCAGUAUUUUAGAAAAGCAGCUGACAAGAACAACCCCAUUGGGCAGGCUGGUCUGGGAAUGAUGUAUCUACAAGGCCGAGGUGUAGAUAAGGAUCUGACGAAAGCUUUCCGGUACUUCUCACUUGCUGCAGACCAGGGCUGGGUGGAAGGACAGCUGCAGCUAGGCAUAAUGUAUUUCAGUGGACUUGGUGUGCGGCGAGACUAUAAAAUGGCAGUGAAGUUUUUCAACUUGGCAUCUCAGGGAGGUCAUGUUCUAGCCUACUACAACUUGGCACAGAUGCAUGCAACUGGAACUGGUGUCCUUAGAAGUUGCAACACAGCUGUAGAACUUUAUAAGAAUGUUGCGGAGAGGGGACGGUGGUCUGAGAUGAUCAUGGAUGCUCAUCGUCUAUACAAAGAGGGACAUGUGGAUGCAGCUCUCAUCAAGUACACAUUUCUUGCUGAUCUGGGUUAUGAGGUGGCCCAGUCCAAUGUUGCCUACAUUCUUGAUAGAGGAGAAUCCAAUCUGUUUGAUCGCCAUGAGACAUUACAGCGGGCUUUGCUCAUGUAUGGAAGGGCUGCUUCCCAAGGUUCAACCACUGCUAGACUCAAAAUGGGUGAUUACCAUUAUUAUGGAUAUGGCACUGAUGUGGACUAUGAGACUGCUGCCACUCACUACCGCCUGGCCUCAGAACAGCAGCACAAUGCACAGGCCAUGUUCAACCUGGGCUACAUGCAUGAGAUGGGACAGGGUCUCAAAAAGGAUAUCCAUCUUGCAAAAAGGUUCUAUGAUAUGGCAGCAGAAACAAGCAUGGAUGCGCAGAUCCCUGUGGUUCUUGCACUUAUCAAACUGGCGCUUUUCUAUGGUGUGGCGGAUGUUUUCAACAAAGAGCUGGAAGGUUACAAGUCUAUUGCCACCAGCAUUGACCCUCGUUUCUUUCUUGGACCUGAUUGGGAUUUGUAUAUUGUUACCUUACUGAUCCUUCUUUUAGGUAUUCUAAUAGUUUUACGCAGACACAGAUAGUAGGUCUUAACUUAGUUUUCUCAAAUAAAUGUCCUUUCUUUGUUACUUUUAUGGAUAUUUUGGAGAGUGUGGUAUGGAUUGAAAAGACUUGUUAUCUGCAUGUUGAGAUUCUUACAUUUUCAGUUUGGUCCACCAUUAAAUGGAUGGCAGUUCAUUAGGUAGUUUCAAACUUAAUUCACAAAAUGUUAGGUUCUUUGUUCAAUUGAACAGUGGUUAGUUAAUGUGACUAUAAACACUUUUAGGAGGUUUAUUUACAAAUGCUUAUAAGUUUAUAAAAAAUUUGUUUUGGUUUCGAUGUCAAAGUAUUUAAACUCAUCUCCAUAAAAGAGACUGGUUUAUAACUAUCAAGCAUUCAUAAUUUGUACAUGCCCACUGGGUGUAUACGUCAGUGUUUAUACUAAAGUGCUUGCACACCUGUAAAGGCUUUUUCAAAGUGAUGACUGAUGCCAUUAACAAAAAAUUCCAAAUACCAGGAAUGUAGAUAAAUCCCCCUGAGAGAUAACAACAAAUUGUUUGUUACAGUCUGACUGGUGCUGCAUUUAUGCUGAAUGUAAUAAUAUAUGAUGUUUGAAGCGGUUUGCAUUUGCUGUUUUGUAGUACAGAAAAAAAUGAGCAAAAAAUCUUUACACCUAUAUGCUGUCUGUGUGUGUGUACACGUGUGUGUCAUUGAGUGAAAGAGGAUGUGCAUGCACACUGCGUGGUUGUUACCUCACACUGUGGAUGAUGUGUAUGUGUCCUUCAUGCUGUAGAAUUUCAAAAGUAAACAUAUUAUAUGGAAAUGAUUGUGAUUGUGCAAAACCCAUUGAAUGAAAAUUGUAAUAAAGUGUCAGAUAUGUUCAGAA